AUGGCCUAUUUCCAGCUCGUACGUUUGCGGUUUGUGCCGGAACCCAACGUCGACAAUUUAGUGAAUGUUCAACCAAAUGUUCGAGGCUUUCCUUACAGCUCGAGCCUCUUCCAAACCUGCCCUCGCAGGCCCAGAAGCAAGACUGCAAUGGAGCCGAAUGAAGUGGAGAGGAGGGAAGAGGAGAAAGAUGCCGCGACGAACCAAGAUGAGAAGAGGCGCCAGAGACCAUCCGAAGGAAAUCAACCGAUGGUGGCUACAGGACAAACUUCGAGUCUGGCACGACGAGCUAAACGAGAACGCUCGCAAAUUAAUGAGUGA